UUUAAUAUAAUGAAUAUAGUGUACAAAGAACUUUUCAAAAAUUAUGAAAAUGUUUAAGCCCGCAUCACGGGCAAAACACCUAGUAAAGGUUUAUUUACGGAUUGAAAAAAAAUACAGAAAACAGGAUAAUUAACUUAUUUAACGUGGGUUUACAUUUUACAAAUAAGAAAGAAAAAUCUUAUUUUACGCAAAAAGAAACAUAUGAUGAAUAAAAAGAUAUGGUGUAGCUGUUAGAUAGAAGGGAAUUAGGUCAAUGAAUACAAAUUUUUUUUUUUCUUUUCUGAUAAACCCUAUUGACUGAUCCGGUCGAUUUCGGGAGGAACGCACUUAGUAUUACAGAGUGGACAGAUUAUCACACUGCUUGACCCGAGUUUAGAAUACCUUCUGGCUAAUGCCAAUGGGUGAAUCAAUUAUUUGUUACGAUCCACCAUAUAAACUACAUGGCCCAAUGUCCAAAUCUAAACUGACCAACUAAUAAUAAUUUAGUUCAUAAGGAGAAUCGAAUCUAGGACUAAUGUGAGUACACAUCAAACCCCAUUGCCACCAGACUACCAUUACUUAGUUUAAAAAAAAUAAUAAUUCUCGAUAGUUUUUCUUUUUUGGAAAUAUCACGGGGUUCAAGUGAGUCUUUUUAACCAUAACGAUACCUUCGUAUAUUGAAGAGUCUAAUUGACUCUUCAUACCCACAAUUACUAUGGAAAUGUAACCCUAUUUUAGACGUUGAGUUAAGAAAACACUGUAAUAUACAUGUCAAAGAUGUAAGAAAAUGAAAAAAAAAAAGAGAUACAAAAACAAAAGAUAUUGUUGCCAAAAAAAAACUAAAGAUAUUAAAAUACCGAAAGGUAUCAAUUCUUGGGAUCAUCCGAAUACAAAUUUAGUUUUUGCUCAAAAUAUAAACUAAAGUUAUAAAAUUGUCCAGUUGGCUAAAAGAUCUUGUUAUAUCUUCAUGAUAUUUAUUUCCAGAUUAAAAGAUUCAUGAAAUGCAAUCAGGUGAUCUGAAUGAAGAGAAAAUCUUUUUCCUAAAAGAAAAAAAACAUGUGAAUUUAGUCAUUACAGAACAAGUGGUGGGAAUAAAACACAACGGCUUCUCAGCUGUUGUUGCCUUAUACAACGGGUUAAGACCAAAAUAUUUAGUAACAUAACUAACUUGAAUUUUAAAUCUGUUUAUUACAAAAAAGAAAUUUAAAUUAACUAACGUAAAAUUGAAUAAUUAAACCAGACAAAGUCGUUAAAUAUCUGUCAAAGAACAAUAUGAGUAAGAGCGAAAUGUCAGCGAGCGAGAUUGCUGCGGCGAAGCAGAAGAAAGUCGACGACUGGUUACCGAUCACAUCCUCAAGAAAGGCCAAGUGGUGGUACUCUGCUUUCCACAAUGUUACUGCCAUGGUUGGCGCUGGUGUUCUUAGCCUGCCCUACGCUAUGUCCAAUCUCGGAUGGGGACCUGGCGUGACGUUGAUGAUACUGUCAUGGUUGAUAACUUUGUACACACUGUGGCAAAUGGUGGAGAUGCACGAGAUAGUACCAGGGAAGAGGCUUGACAGAUAUCACGAGCUUGGCCAAGAAGCUUUUGGCGAAAAGCUUGGUCUAUGGAUCGUUGUGCCUCAACAGCUCAUCGUGGAGGUUGGUGUCGACAUCGUUUAUAUGGUCACGGGAGGAAAGUCCCUCAAGAAAGUCCAUGAACUCCUCUGCCCCGACUGCAAAGACAUCAGAACCACAUUUUGGAUCAUGAUCUUUGCUUCUGUCCAUUUCGUUAUCUCUCACCUACCCAACUUCAACUCCAUCUCGGGCAUUUCACUCGCAGCUGCCGUUAUGUCCUUAACUUACUCAACUAUCGCAUGGGCUGCAUCGGUGCACAAAGGGGUUAAACCAGAUGUAGACUACUCGUAUAGAGCCUCGACAACUCCUGGAAAAGUAUUCAACUUCUUGAACGCGAUGGGAGAUGUGGCUUUUGCCUACGCAGGUCACAACGUCGUGUUGGAGAUUCAGGCCACCAUCCCUUCGACUCCGGAGGUCCCAUCAAAGGUUCCAAUGUGGAGAGGAGUCGUUGUAGCGUACAUCGUAGUCGCCAUUUGCUACUUCCCUGUAGCGUUUCUCGGUUAUUGGACCUUUGGAAACAGCGUUGACGACAACAUUCUCAUGACUUUGGAGAAGCCAGUCUGGCUUGUCGCAAUGGCUAACUUGUUUGUGGUCGUCCAUGUCAUUGGAAGCUAUCAGAUCUUUGCAAUGCCCGUGUUUGACAUGAUGGAAACCGUUUUGGUCAAGAAGCUGAAUUUCGAUCCUUCCUUCACACUCCGCUUCAUCACUCGCAGUCUCUAUGUUGCUUUCACUAUGUUCAUUGCGAUAUGUAUCCCGUUCUUUGGUGGACUACUCGGUUUCUUUGGAGGAUUUGCCUUCGCGCCAACAACUUACUACCUUCCAUGCAUUAUCUGGCUCAUUCUCAAGAAACCAAAGAGGUUUGGUCUAUCCUGGACGAUUAAUUGGUUCUGCAUUAUAGUAGGAGUUAUAUUGACGAUCCUAGCACCCAUUGGUGGCCUCAGAACCAUCAUUAUCAAUGCAAGCACCUACAAGUUCUUCUCUUAGAUUGCUUCUGCUACAACAAAAAAAAAAGAAGGAAACAAUCACGGCCUGUCUUCGUUUUCUACGACUGUCUGUUUUGCUUACCUUUUUCUUAGUAUAGUUCGUAAUAAUUUUUUUAUGUGUUUUCUGCUUUAAUAAUUUAAAACUCUCCAUUUUCCGGUUCUUUUGUUAUUUGGUAACUUUAUGGAUUGAUGACGUACGAGAAGUUGAU